GUAUGUAUAUUCUCGGGUGGUUACGAGUUCUUGUGAUGGUGGAGUAGGUCGUCUUUCCUGCGGUAGAGUUGUACGCCCCUUUUCACGAGAAGCCUUUUCGUGAAGAUGAAGGUUGUGUUGUCAUAGCGUUUCCACUGUCGUCUGCUCUCACGUAAUUCCAGCCGAUCGAAAUAGAUUUUUCUAUGUGAUUGACGUGUCAAGCAGAAUUCUACAUUUUUGGAGGUCGUUGGAUGUGAAUUUUCCACAUGUUGGGCACAAUUUAAUCUUCUAACAAGAUUAAAUCGCCUAAUAUGGCAGUGGAUGCAACUCCUCCUUUGGCCUUUGAGGAAUCGUCUUCUCCUCCUCGGAAUGGAGGUUUGUCAGCUAUGGAUGCUUCAGAUCAACUUGGAGAGGAUGGAGCAAUUGUGAUCAGACCUUGCAAACCGCUCGAGAAGCAGACAUCUUGGCGGCGAAAAUUCAUGGAUAAGAGUGUGCUUGAUGAUAUUAUGGGCGAUCCUGAUGAUUUCCAAGAUCUUGCAGAUUGUGAUCUGCCUUCAGAAUGUGACGGCGGAAAACGGUAUAACGCGGUUAGAGCGCCUCUUGAAGACGGAUCAGCUGCUGGCAAAGUGCAAAACAGCUCCGAACUGCCUCAGCAGGAGAGUGCCAGGAUUUUGUUAGGCGAGGAUUCCUCGAAGACCUCAAAAACACAGACAGGCGAGGGAUUGCUGGAAUCUUCUCAUGGUUCAAGAUCGUAUGGUGGUGAAGGAAGCUCAUUUUUUGGUAGGAAUAAUCAACGUCUACAUGCACUCUCUGGAGAUGAUGGAAGACACCACAUUCUUACUGGAAGUGUUGGAGACGCUCCAAAGCAGGAUAAAAUUCAUCACACCAGAUAUUUCAUCAUCAAGAGCUUGAACCAUCAUAACAUAGAGAAGUCCAUCGAGAAAGGAAUAUGGGCCACACAAGCUAUGAACGAAACAGUUUUAAAUGAAGCCUUUGAGACCUCAGAAAAAGUCGUGUUGGUGUUUAGUGUCAAUAUGAGCAGCCAUUUCCAAGGUUAUGCGCUCAUGUCAUCUCCAAUAGGACAGCGUCGGGCCAAUAUAUGGAGUGAAGCCAAUGAAGGGGCCAAUCCUUGGGGUGGUACUUUCCAUGUAGAGUGGUUGCGGUUGUAUGAUCUACCUUUCCAGAAGACAGUCCACUUGAAGAAUCCACUAAAUGCCUUUAAACCUGUUAAGAUCAGCCGAGAUUGUCAGGAGCUCACACAAGCUAUUGGUAAGGCAUUGUGUGCUCUAAUUGACGAGGGUGCUAAUCGAGAAGGGCGGCCAAAGCGGAAGCUGGGGAUUCGUGAUGUUGACCACCAACUGGGAAAGAGAUCUCGAGAGGUGCCUGAAGGGUUGCAUAGGCCACGGAUACUUACAGCUCCUCUGGCUAGGCCUGCAAUGCCUCUGUUGUACUCUUCCUCGUCUCUUCCAGAGACACAUCUGCCCAAAGCGAUGAUCAGGCCAUCCAACGGAUGCACAAACAAAUGUAUUGACAUGUCAGGGCCUCGCAGAUCCUCUGAGUCAAGGUCCCCAACUUCGGCUUCUUCCGAAAGAAGUGAUCGAGUAAGAGAGAAAGAAAGAGGUGCGGAAAAGGAGCGCAUGCGUAGUAGCAGCAGCACCAGAAGCGUUGACUUGGAAUUUGGGGAAGAUCUGGUCAAUAUGACAUAUGAACAGUAUCUUCAACGCCAUGGUCAAGGACAUUUAAGAGACUGUAACAGUUACCCUCAAGAAUCUGGUCUAUUGAGAUACCAGAAUAGAGUCCCUGGUUAUGGGGGAUGGAUGGUCGGAGGGCCUAGUGCUGGCUUCUGCCACGAUGAAGCAUAUGUGAAGUAUGUCGCCAGCUGGUAUGGUCUAUCGCCAAGCAAUGGUGGCAUGCGUGGUGUUGACCAUGGCUAUGAGGCUUCUGAAUAUGGUUGGCGUGGUCACCAAGAGGAAAUGGAUGCGCUGAUGUAUAAGAGAUACUAAACGAGAAAACCUGUGAUUAUCAAUAGAACACACGGUCAUGAACGACUUUCAACUGUUGUUGAUACUAACAGGGGUUGCUGUAAAGGAGGUUUCUUUUGUAGAUUUUGUGAAUCUGGUUAUAGUUUUAUCAUCACUGCUACUGUUAAGGAGGCUGUAUAGCAUCUGUUCUGGAUCCAAUUUCUGGCAACGGAGAUCAUGAAUAGACUUGUUGGUAGCUGGGUCUUAUAUUUUGUAUGUUAACUACUGUGUAUGAGUAGGAUGGAUACGUUUCAGGUUUUACAUCUACGAGAUGCCAGACAGUAUUAAAUGAAUUUUUCUGGCUAUGUACAGUUCCAGCCAGUACGAUGCGGGACACCGUAAGGUCAGUCCUUAAAGCAGCAAUGAGAACUGCUCUUAAGAUUACUGGAUUCUGACAUUAGAGUCUGUGUAAUCAUUUUCAGAUAUUCAGUACUGUUAGAUUA